AUGCCGUCAUCAGCGACUACAAGCACCAUUUCAUCAGCUAAUAAUUCCUCCUCUAUCUCCUCCUCCGAACAACAACCAAGUGUUCUCUUUUAUUAUUCCAAAUCCAGCGAUAAACCUCCAGGAAAAGGAUCCAAUGAAACACUAGGCCACAACAAGCAAGAUUACUUUUCGGAAUUGGCUGCCAUCAAGAAUUGGAGAAGAGUACUCUCCAAUUUCCAUAUUGGACCUUUCAUAUAUGAUGGAAAAACCUAUCGAACAGCAGAACACUGUUUUCAAGCUCAUAAAAUUGCACUCGUUUCUAAAACACUUGCCCACACGUUUUGCAUGGAAAGUAAAAGUAAGCUUUCCAGAGGUGAUGGAGAGGAUGCAAGAAAACAACGUAAAGCAGCAAUUUUAGAUGAAAAUCAAUUAAAACAAUGGAAUCGAAUGAAACAUGAAAUCAUGCAAGAAAUUCUAUAUUGUAAAUUUUCACAAAACGAGGAUGCAAAGAAGGUAUUAUUGGCCACACGAGAUGCUGAAUUAUGGCAUGGCACGAGAGGUGUUCCAAAGUCGAGACAAUUCGAUCUGGAAAAGGUGAGAGAGCGAAUUUUGAAGGAGAAUUUGGCAUUAUCAUCAUCAACGUCGUCUUCUUCGGAUUUGGCACAACAAAGCAAUUCUGUUGAAUCUGUGUUGCCAUGCGACAAUGAAAUUGAACAAAAUGAAGCAUCAUCAACAGUUCAAACAAGUGACGACGACACAAGCGAGGAAAAAAAGUCUGGCAGUACCUGGAGAAGAUCACAAACCCAACACAAUGAAUCCACCUCGAAGAAGAAACGCAAAAACGAAGAUGCCUUUGAUCGUUCCUCCUCUUCAUCACGAACAAGCACGAUAGAACCCUCGACCAAAACUAGAAAACGAAAAUAG